AUGGUCUCGUCAACCGUCAACGUCGUUCGCUAUACCGCCCUUUUUUCGGGAAUCGCCUACGGGUGGUAUCACCGUCGUUCAUUACAAGCCUCGCAUGACCAACAUAAGCUGGAAGCCGCUGCUCACAGUCGGGAAAAGCUGAUUGCAGAUGCCAAGGAGGCAUGGAAGCGAAGGAAUGAAGCCGCUGAUAGCAGCUUGAUUACCGACCCAGAGGAUCCUCGUUUCGAUCUAGAAAAGCUGAUAGCCAAAUGGGAGAAGAGCACAUAG